AUGAAGAUGAUCAAAGGUCCUUGUGUUCGCCGGGGAAGGAUGGCAGGCCCGGUCCAGAGCAUCACCCGGGCGGAGAUCGACCGUUUCUGGAGGAGAAAGAAGCUGGAGGAAGAGGAACGCCGGCUCGAUGACGAGAAGGAGGCUGCAAGGAUCAAACUCAAGACUCUCAAGGCAAAGCAGCAAGAAGAUUACAUGCUUUUUGUACAAAGGAUAGACGGGAUUAUAGACGAGAAAGCAGAGACAAGCGAGAUGAUGGAGGAGGGAGAGAUCGCCAGGAACAUUGAGAUACAAAUUGGCAUCAAGCAUUGGUGGAGGAAGAGCAGCUGCGCAUAUCUAAAUGAACCAGCAGUAGCAUCCGUUGAUGAUAACAGCAGUUGGAAGGCGAACACCGGAUAUAUUCCGCAGAAGAUACAAUUUAGGUGCUCCCAGCCAGCACUUUACCAGAUGAACGUGGCUGCUUUUGGGAUCUUCUAAAUGCUGAUGCCAAGGAUAAAAUGUGAGCCAUUAGGAUGCGUUUUCCUUAUGCGUCUCAAUAUGAAUUUGAGUCAGAUAAUAAGUUUAAUGGAAAGGGUACUUUUGAGUAACAAAGAGCAGCC